AUGAAUACCAUAGUAGAGGGAAAAAUGAAAAUAUGGAUUGAAUUAAUACAAACAGAAAAAUUAAAUGAUGUAAUAGAAGAUAUUCAGGGAAAUAUACUCGAUAAAAAUGAUAAAAUUAACAAACAUAUUUUUAAAUUGUUGUUAUAUCUUUCACACACUGCAGAUAAAUGUAAUAAACAAAAUUAUGCCACAGGAAAAGAUAUCUAUAAAUUAACUUGUAUACUGUGUUCAAAUUUAACUAAUAUACCAGAUAAUAAUAAAUUUGUUUCUAGUUUAUUUCAUAUAAUUCGUUGUUUGUUAACAAUGUACAUGUUUAAUGAGGCAUAUAAUGUAUGUCUUCAUUUAAAAACAAAAACAUUAUAUUCUGAUCAUAUUAAUGAUAAUGUGAGUGAUAUAUUAGUAAAGAUAACUUAUUUAUGGUAUAAUGCAGUUAAUAAUGAAUUUCUCAUUAUACAAAAAGAUCCAUCAGGUUCCAAACAUUAUUUAAAAUUAGAAAAUAUCAUAAAAUAUGAAUUAGAAGUCAUACAGAUUGCAUAUAAAAAUCCUACAAAACAUUUACUUGCAAAAGUUAGUUCAUAUUUGGAUAAAAUUGCAUUGAUAAAUACAGGACCAAAUACAUAUUUCUCUGAUUUUUAUGCAUUUAUACUUGACUAUUUAGUCCACACAGAAAUAAUCUUAAAUAUCGAUGAAAAGUAUAUCAUAUGUCGUCAUAUACUUCAUAUAACAAGCAGAAUCAUAUAUGAGAACAUUAAUGAAAAGUGUUUAAAAAUAGCAAUAAAAGUUUUAAAUACUAUAAGUGAUAAUUUUAAAAAGAUUUUAAUUGAAGAUGAAGAAUGUUACAAGUGUUUCUUACUAUUUGAAUCUAUGUGUUCUAUAUUUGUGAAACCAGUUGAAUAUCUUGUAGAAAAUGAUGUUAAAAGGAUUCAAGAGUUAAUUGAUAGUUAUGUAAAACUUACAAAAAUAUAUGGAUACACAGGAUUUAUUAAAUGGACUACAUUUAGUAUUGUUCAGAUUUUAGAACCAUUGUUUAUAUAUUGGGAAACAUGUAUAAAAACUGAGAUGAAAAUAUAUUUAAAGAAUGAUUUGUUAUUGAAAACAAUGAACUUAGUUGGACAUUUAAGUGUAUGUUUUGUUAAACAGACAUCAGAUAAAUGUAAGUCUUGCCAAAAUGUGAAUUGUAUGAACAAAAAAGAUAUAUAUAAUGCAGUAGUGAUAACAACCAGAUAUAUCAAUUUAAUUAGCAAAUUUCCUACAAAUAAUCUAUCAAAAAAUAUGUAUGUACUCGUUAGAAAAUUUUUGGAGCAAAAUAUAGCAUACAUUUGUGAAAUGAAAGAAUAUGAAUGCAUAUGCUGGACACAUUUAUGGUCUACUUCUAGUGCCUUGAUUUAUAACUUAGGUAUAAUAUCUGACUGCUUUUAUGAAGAAAGUGUAUCUUUAUUUUCCUUAUUAUUUGCUUCCAUUAUACAACUUGAUGGUAUUGAAGCAAAGUCACAAUAUAUGAACCUUCAGAAUCCCAUUUGUCUCACAUUACAUAGAAUAAGUUCUCUUCAUUAUAAUCAUAACAUGUAUAGAGAAGCAAUGACUGCAACUGCAUUAAAUGCUUUAUUAAGCUAUAAUGAUUCCAAUUCAAAAGCAUUUCGCAUGUGGGCAAAUAUAAAACAUAAGUUUGUAGCUUGUAAGGAACUCAUGGAAAUGACUAUAUUAGCUUGUUUAAAGAAAGACAAAUUAAAAAUUGAGGAAUUAGGAUUAUCUAUUGAAUUGUCAAAAUAUGAUCUUCUUGAAAUAUGCUUAAGAGAGGCAAAAGGUUUACAAGAAGCAAAAGUUAAUCUCUCUGCCACUAUUCAUAAAAUUCUUAGUGAAAUGAAAGUAUUAAAUGCAACACCAGUACAACAUGCUCGUGUGGUCCAAAUGUUAGCAUAUCACUCGUUAAAUUUUGAUUAUGAUGAAGAUAUUUUAGAAUGUAUUAAGCAAGCAAUUUUGAACCUGAAACAAGUUAAGAUGAACAGCUCCAUUUUGUGUUUGCAAGCCAAUUUAGAAUUUUAUAUUUUUGUAACUCAAUUGCGCAUUGUAAAUAAAAAGACUCAGAUGGAAAUUGAAAAUAUAAAAUUCGCAUUAUACGCUCCAAAAGUAAAUGACACUGAAGAAAAUGAAUAUCAUGACGUAGUACCAGCUUAUACUAUGAUAAAUAUCAAAGAAGACUCUAGACUUAUGAUGUAUUUACAGAUAUCGAUAAAACAGUGGGAAAAAUGUUUAAAGCAAAAUCUUAAAGAAAUUGCAAAAGGAUACGAGUCAUCAAUAACAUUACACACGUUACUCAUAGCAGGUGAAUAUGCUCAUUUGUAUCGAUAUCAAGAAUGUGAAAUUAGUAUAUGGAAACUUGCAUAUGCAUUAGCAUCAGAACUGCAAGAUAAUUCUGCAAUCAUUUAUGUUAUAGGACGUUGCAUAUCAUUGAGGUAUAUUAAUUAUGAAUGGAUUGUCAUUGCUAAAGAGCUUGUUAUCAAAUCGAAAGAUACUCAUGAUGAAGAUUUAAUAUACACUAUUGCUAUUUUUUGGAUAAGUUUAUCAGACUUUUACUUUGAAUGUAAUAUGUACGAGGAAGCCAGAAAAUUGCUUGAUGAAUCCAGGAAACUACCAGGAAUUUCCUUUUUCAAUAAUAUAUCUGUAUAUUUGUACAGUCUUGAUAGAAUUUUGUGCAACUGUUAUUUGUAUAAAGAAACUAUCAAACAUGAAGAGUAUACACGAUACAUUGUUGAAACUUUAUAUACCCUAGUCAAUUUAAAUGAGGAACUUUCUGCACGAAAAUGGAAACCUCAAGACAAAUAUCUUUUUGGAUUUGAUAUACUAUUAUCUGCAACUGUUAAUUUAUCCCUGCGGAUGAAUAGUUUAUUAUCUUUUCGAGAAAUUAGUGCUCAUUUAGUACGUCGAUUAAAAACUGCACAAAUUUUAGGAGCAACUAUAAGAGUUGCAGAAAUUUUAAAAUCCCUUUGUUACAUUGAUUUAUCGCGUGCACAGUUAAGCGAUUGUGAAGUAAAACUUCAGGGAUUGGAGCAUAUAUUAAAUAUCGAAACAUUUAGAAUAUCUAUGAUGAGUAAUCCUACAAAAUCCAAUUCUGAAAAUUUGUUUGUAACACCAUCUCGAGCUGUAGAUCCUAUCAGGGAUGUUCCUGAAAAUAGUACAUCACCAGUACUUCGCAACAAAAUGUUCGAUUUACCUGAAUUUAUGUCUCAUAAAGAUUGCAAUUGUUAUGUCUGUCAAAAUGUAUCAUAUCAUUAUUUGGUACUCAUAAGUACACAUAUUAGAGCGCAAUUAUAUGCAUUACAAAAAAAUAUAGUACCAUCCUUACAACACUUUCAUGGUGCAUUUAAAAUAAAAGAAAAUUUAACAAAAACGAAAAAAUAUAUCCUAACAUGUAAUAAUCAAUAUCUUCCUUGGCAAGAACGUUUUUAUAGUAUAGAUUAUAUACUAUUAUUAAUGAAUUUUUCUUACUUUUUAAGAAGUUAUAUGAAUACAAAGCAAGAGAAAAUAAUAAGUAUCAUCUCAUUAAUUAUUCAAAUAUGUGACAUGUACAAAUUGAAAGGACAUCCAAUUUACAUGGCUGUUGAAGAAUUGAUGCUUGAUUAUCGUUUUGAAAAGAUAUUUAAUUCUUCUGAUCAUUGGAAAUUUACAAUUCCUGAUGCUUCUGAUAUUAAUAUAAGUAAAUAUGUCCAACAAUCAAAUAUUGAAGAAAGUAUUUGUGUAACACCAAUUACUAAUAAUAUUCGAGCAAAAAAACCUAUUACUCUCCGACGUAAUCGAACUCCUCCUCUCUUAAAAUUAACAAAAAUCAGUAUGAAUUUCAGUGAUGAUGAAGAAACUUCUUCAUCACCGCCUGGAUACAGGAGAACAAGAUCGCAUACUAGAUUAACGAGAAGAAAAAUCUUAGAUGAUGAAUACUCUGACACAGUUAAUAAAAUAAAGCAGGAAACAGAACAAUCCAAAAAUAGCUUAUCAUUGCAAGAGUUGAUCGAUGUGGAAUGCAUUUCAAAUGUUUCAAUAAAAGAUAUAAUUGAAAAAAUCGCAUUGUUAGCACCAGAUAUAUCUGAUCAUUUGUGUAAAAUAUUGGACAAUAUAGAUAAACCAGCUACGACCAAAAAUAUACAGAAAUUAAUUAACACGAUAAAAGACCUUAAAGUAAAUACAAUUUCGCAAAAAAAUAUUAGAAAAUCACGACAUUCGAAGCAAAUAACUUCGAAAGAUUAUAGCAAAAUUAAUCAAGUAAUUGCACUAUUUAAGGAUUUUGAUAUCAACGAAAAGAAGGAUAAUAUCGAUCCCAUAAACAAAAAAGAUGUGAUAUCUGAAUUUGAUAAAGAAUCUGUAUCUUCUAUAAAAAUAGAAACUUUAUCAUGCCAAAACCAAAAUAGAAUCAGUGAAGAAAAUAUAGAACAAUUAGAGAAAAAUAAUUUAGACAGUUCCAGGACAUGUACAAGUGAAAAUACUAGACUAAGAAUUACAAAAAAAUCUACGAAAAAUAGUGUUCUAAAUAAAGAAUCGCAUAAUGUAAAAGUUCGAAAAUCGAAA